AUGAGCUACGUGACGGUGCCAGGAAUGGAGAAGACAUUUCGACACGACGGCACUAUUUACCAUAGUCUUGCUAGGAAUGGAAGUUUGCGUACUGGGAAAGCAGUACUUGCGGCGUCUUCCAAAUACAGCAGCAUUCACUUUGGCGAAGACACACAGACGAAAAGUGAAGACAGGGAGCGUGACGAGCUGGUGCGCGCUUUGAAAGAUCUUCUAUCAGGAAAUCCAGAAUCAUUCGACGAACUUCUCCAGGAGCGUGCAGACAAUCCAAACCCUCCUUUAAGAGAAGACGAUUUGUGCUGGAAUCCAAAUUACCCAAUAAUAUGUGCAGAUAAAAUACUGUGUGUGAAAGAAGAUACUUUGUGUGACGGGACGAAUAAUUGUUUAGAUGGCAGUGACGAGAAGGACUGUGCUGCGACAGGUGGAGCCGGGGGCGGAUCACUCGGAUGUUCAUCAGAAUCCCUCGUUGAAGGACGGUGCUCUAACCCCACCGGGAAAGCCGAAUGCAAUAUUGGAUUGGAUGACAUCAGACAGCAGAUGCUCGAUGCCCAUAACUUCUAUCGCUGCAAGCACGGGUCACCUGAGCUGCGACUGUCUUCACAACUUAAUGACUAUGCCCAAGAAUGGGCGGAGUACUUGGCGGCUACCGACUCAUCCGAACACAGUAAAAACAGAGGAUCUAACCCACCUAAUCGCGGAGAAAAUAUAUGGACCGGAUAUGACGCAUUUAGAUGGCAAUCAUAUGAUCAAUUCACAGGAUCCACGCCAGUAUCUGAUUGGUAUUCAGAGAAUGUAAACUAUAAUUAUGCUUCAGGUACUCUCAACAGUUCCAAUGGACAUUUCACACAACUUGUAUGGAAGACUAGCGACCAACUGGGAUGUGGCAUAGCAACAAAACAGAGGGCGUAUGGACCAAAGUUCUACGUGGUUUGCCAAUAUAAACCAGCCGGUAAUUUUGGCAAUUUCUACCUCAAUGUUCCACCACCUGUCUGAAUUCAUCAUUCUCACAGCUGGAGCUUUAUUCCCGCUCCGGAACUCUUAUUCUUCUUUUUACCCCAAGUGCCGCAAAUAAUACAAUGAUUGCGCAUUCGACGUACAACAUUUUCACUGAAUUUUAUAGAUGAACAUUUUAUUUUUUGAAAGAUUCCAUUUUCUCAAAUAUAUGUUACCCAUUGUUUUCUUUAUUUUUGUUUAUCUCCAUAUAUACAUGUAUUGCUUAAGAAAAAGCUUUUAUUUUUUUAAGAAAUUGAGAUCUAAAGGUGUUUUUACUCCGCAAUCGUGAAAUGCAAGAGCUGUUUUGUUUUACACAAGAUUCAAAACCUGCAAUAUUUUGUAUUAUGUGUUGUAACUUAAAUAUGUAAUACCAAUAUAAUACCAAUCUAAUUUGAAUAUAAAUGUAACCGUGAAGGUUUACCAAUUUACAUAUGAUA